CCCGUGGAUGGUGAUGGACCUCACACCGAGUAGUUCUGUGAAACUGAGUGAUGGGCACUUCAUGCCAGUGCUGGGCCUGGGCACUUAUGCUCCGGAGACCGUUCCUAAGAGCAAGUGUUUCGAGGCCAUCAAAGUGGCUAUUGAUGUAGGAUUCCGGCAUAUUGAUGCCGCAUAUGUGUAUGAAAAUGAAGCACAAAUUGGACAGGCCCUUCAAGAGAAGAUCGCAGAUGGAACUGUAAAGAGGGAGGACAUAUUCUACACUUCCAAGCAGCUCUGGUGUACCUUCUUUCGACCAGACUUAGUUCAACCAGCCCUGGAAAGCUCACUGAAGAAACUUCAAAUGGACUAUGUCGAUCUCUACCUUCUUCAUGUGCCAUUUUCUUUAAAGCAAGGAGAGACUAUUUUGCCAAAGGAUGACAGUGGGAAAAUUAUUUUAGAGACAGUGGACCUGCUUGAAACAUGGGAGGCUCUGGAGAAGUGUAAAGACGCAGGUUUAACCAAGUCCAUCGGCGUUUCCAAUUUCAACCACAAACAGCUGGAGAUGAUCCUGAACAAGCCAGGGCUCAAGUACAAGCCAGUCUGCAACCAGGUGGAGUGUCAUCCUUACCUCAACCAGAGCAAGCUGCUGGACUUCUGCAAGUCCAAGGACAUUGUUCUUGUUGCCUACAGCGCCCUGGGGUCCCACAGAGACCCAAGAUGGGUGGCACAGGACAGUCCUCACCUACUGCAGGAUCCUGUCUUGGCUGCCAUUGCCAAGAAACAUAAUCGCACCACAGGCCAGGUGGCCCUGCGCUACCAGCUGCAGCGGGGCGUGGUGGUCCUGGCCAAGAGCUUCAAUGAGAAGAGGAUCAAAGAGAACUUCCAGAUUUUUGACUUUAAGCUGACUCCCGAAGACAUGAAAGCAAUCGAUGGCAUGAACAGAAAUUUUCGAUAUUCUGUGAUGGAGUUUGCAAUUGGUCACCCUUACUACCCAUUUUCAGAAGAGUACUGAGCACGAGUUGUCCAUCAUGAAUUGUACCAGAAUUUCUUGCUCUAGGGCUGUGAAGAAAUCUUCUGUAUUUUGUUGUGGGGGUGGGGAGAUUGAAACCAGUGCUUAUAGUUUCAAGGCUGCUGGCCUUUCUGUUUUCCUCAUUAUGAAAUA